GCGACGACGUCAGUGUCAAAGGGGUUGUUUUGGAGGAAGUGAGAGAACAAGAAAAAGAAAGAACAGUUCUAGUACUGUGAUAGAAAUAUAGCAAGGCUGGGGAGAAAACGCUUCAUGUUUUAUGUUUACAUAUUAAACGUUCCGCAGCGCAGGACGAAUACGAGACUGACGAAAAGAGAAGAAAGUGAAGAGGAACAUAUUUUAUCCGCUGAUUACCGGCCCAUCACAAAAAAAAUCUCCCUACAUUAACGGCAAAAUAAAGAAGGGGAAUUGUGGCUGUAAAUUAAAACAGAGAAAAUUUUACGGUGAAAAAUAUAGUACAUUCCAGAACCGCUGGAAUAAUAAGUGUGUCAGAAUGACGUCCCGAAAGAAAGUGCUACUCAAAGUCAUCAUCCUAGGAGACUCUGGAGUUGGGAAGACCUCUCUGAUGAAUCAGUAUGUGAAUAAGAAAUUUAGCAACCAGUACAAAGCCACAAUAGGAGCCGACUUCCUGACGAAAGAGGUGAUGGUGGACGACAGGCUGGUGACUAUGCAGAUCUGGGACACCGCGGGUCAGGAACGCUUCCAGUCGCUGGGCGUGGCCUUCUAUCGUGGCGCCGACUGCUGCGUACUCGUGUUUGACGUGACAGCGCCCAACACGUUCAAGACCCUGGACAGCUGGAGGGACGAGUUCCUGAUCCAGGCCAGCCCCCGUGACCCAGAGAACUUCCCCUUCGUGGUUCUAGGCAACAAGAUAGACCUAGAGAACAGGCAGGUGACGACAAAGCGGGCGCAGGCCUGGUGUCAGAGUAAGAACAACAUCCCGUAUUUCGAGACCAGUGCCAAAGAGGCGAUCAAUGUGGAGCAGGCCUUUCAGACCAUCGCACGCAACGCUCUGAAGCAGGAGACUGAAGUGGAGCUGUACAACGAGUUCCCAGAACCCAUUAAACUGGACAGGAACGAGCGAAGCAAGCCCUCAGAGCCCUGCAGCUGCUGAAGAUGCUGGGUCCCCUAAGGCAGCGUUUCUCAGUCCAGUCCUCGGGGACCCGCGGACAGCCCACGUUUUUGCUCCCUCCCUGCUGGGAGAGAGCAACCAUGUGUACUGUCUGGCAGGGAGCAAAAACAUAUACCGACUGUGGGUCCCAACGGACUGGAUUGGGAAACAUUGCCCUCUGGCACCUUUACUGUGUUCUCUGGCCUUUGUACAAUAUCCCCCACUCCCUACCCACGAGUCCCACUGUCCAAACAAUUGCCGGUCUUCGGAAGUAGCUUAUUGGAAUUCUAGAAUUAGAAUAGCUGGAAUCCCCUGUGGAACAUGAUGCAACAUUCUCACCCAUGCCUGCACACAGAGACAAACUCCUACAAGUCCAGUAAGCACCAGCCCUAAUCCCAGUCUUACACCCUCAUUACUGAUAGAUUCCACACAUCCCUACCACUGUACAAAUGUUUACCCCUUCACCCAAUAUAUGAGACAUCUCCUGCAUAAGGCUUUAAGUGGGUUGGGGCUUUGUGGUUAAGACACCAUUCACUUCUAGUGUUGAAGGAUUUGAUUAACGUUAACAAGAAGUAUUUAUUAAAAAAUGACAUCUGCCUGAGCUUCAUUUUGAACUUCGCUGUUCUGCGGUUCUCUUGUAAAUUCCCCUCGUUACUUUUCUUAAAUGUGUACACUUCUGUUGGCUUGGGAGCACUGGACAUUGCACUUUUUAACUCCUAAAUGUAAUAAAAACGUUUCAUUUCGGGGGGAUUGCACGUGGUCAGCUGCUGCUUAAACCUGUUUUCUCCUGGAACAUUUGUGUGAACUCAACGCAGUCCCACCACUGUUGUGGAAAUAGCACCUGCAAACAGCUCUUCUUCCGCCUUGCCAAGGCCUGUUCUCCUACACGCCUGUUUUCCCUUCCUCCACCCUCUCCUCUCUGCGGAGUCCUGGUGGCGAGUCUCUGGGUAUACGAAGGCAUCUUGGUCCUCCUCCGAUUGCUACUGAUUGACCUGGGAUCAAAGGGUUGUGCUACACCAGGCGAAGCACCGCAAACAACAUCAACAGAACCCACAGGGAAAUAGCAUCCAAUAGGACUGUUGUGAUUGUUACUAGAAUAUUAAUACUACUUACCACUAGUUCUGUGUGUAUGACUAGCCCUACUACGUUCUACUCUGUCUUAUUACAAGACAGUACAGACCCACGGCAGUCUGUAAUAAUCUAUCAGUCGAUCAGUGGUUCAAUCAGUCCCGCUGUCUUCUUCCAGUUCCCUGUCUAUGCUGAUAGCUCAGGUUGGCAAAUUUCUUAAGUGCUUGAUACCAAUCUGAUCACCUUUUAUGGUCUAUACGUGUACAAUUCUUAUUAGAUUAGAAAUUUUAAUUGCAUUAACAGAAAAAAAAAAUCCUUUCCAACUGAAAACAAGUUUGGGGGGGAAAUACUUCGGGGAGAAAUUAAAUGAAAACUUGUCAGGACUUGUCAUGGUAUUAAAAUACAGAACCAGUUACAUUGUUUAAAACACGUAUUUGGGUUUCAACGUAACAAUAAUAAAAUGUUCUUGAAUAAA